AUGGCUCAAACGAGUGUGCUGCAUAUGUCCGUGGGCAUCCUGAGCAUCUCUGGCGGUUCUCUUCUGCUUUUGGUGAACAACUAUGCCAGCUCACCAGAAAAAGACUUUAUCCCUCACACUGCACUUGGGAUUCUGCUCAUUAUCAUCGCGGCACUUUUAGCCUAUGCUGGGAUCUGUCGCAGUCUGUCCCAUGCCCAGCUGUUUUCCUCUCUGUGUCUGACCAUCUCCGCUCUGUGGUGUGGGUCAGGUCUGGUGUACAUCCUGGUGGGUCAGGGGGUGCUGCAGCCCACUGAGCUGGGAUCGUCUCUAGUCCCAGGCCUGGCGGCAUUUACUUUAGCCCUGCUCAUCAUAGGAGGUGUAGCUGUCAUAGCUAAAAAGGCUGUUUUAUUUAUAAUAGCUAUCGGUAUUAGCUUAGCAUGUGCCCAUCAGAUCGCAGGUUUGUCAGCUGCAGGUUUUGGUCAGUCUGCCACAGCUGCAAACUACCUUUUAGUCUGUUUAGUGGGAGUUUACAUUGGUUUUGGGUGUCUGCUGUCCAUCAUCACAGGUGGUAAAGUGGAAUCCCCAGGAACACACUUAAAAAGAAAACAUGAUCCUAAAACAGAGCAGAAACAAAAGUGUGGUGAUCUUGUGUUAGUAGGUGUUGUGAUGAACCUGCUGUCUGCUGCUGUGAUAGCCUGUCCUCUGUUAGGUGUGGUCCCCCGGCUCUCCGUCGGUCAUGUCCCCUGGCUGUGGACAGCAGGAGUCUUCCAGCUUGGCCUGUGUGUCCUCUUCUACCGAGCUAUGGACACAUUAGCUGCCACUUUUUAUGGCUUCACUGCUCUGCUAAAGUUUGCAGAGGGCUACAGUGCUCUGCUAUCUUUCUAUUCAAUCCAACCUUCAUCCCCUGUUCCCUUUCCUGUCGUCUUCUCAGUGCUGUUCUCAGUCCUGGCUCUGUUCAGCUGUCAGAUAAGCAUGCUGGAAGGGCUCUAUCAGUUAUUCUUUACAGCUUAUUGUAUUGCCAUUGCAGCUCAGCCACAAGGUUUCUUCCAAGGAGGCACACAGGGUGUACAAGGUGCCAUAUUUGUAAUCUCUGCAAUAGUUCUUUUUAUCUACUCCUUCAAUAUAGUAUCUAAUACGAAGAUUCCCACAGGGCAGGGCUAUUUCAAGACUUUAGCAACCAAAAUUCAAGGUGUUACUCUCAGAGCAGAUAAAGAGCUACAUGCACCCCACCUUGGCUACUCCAAGUAUGCAGAUGCAGAAGUGUUAGGCCAUGCCUGCACUGUUUUAGCUGCUUUUGCAAUGACAGCCUCAGUUGGAGACAAAAAUCCUCUAUCAGUGUUGAUUCUCCCAUGGGUGGUCAUGUCUGGAGGGGCUCUCCUGCUGCUCUGUGGCUCAGUAGCUUUUGCACGAGGUAAAACCCUUGAGAGCACAGUUUUUGUCCUCUAUGGUGUGAUGUGGACAGUGUGGGGGUUGACCCGGUACGGGGGACUGUAUGGUGACACGAGGAGCUUCAGUGUAGCUGUUGGGAUCAUAAGCUUCAUGCUGUUUAACUGUUUAGUGACAGCAGCAGCGCUGUUUCUCAAUGUCGCCUGGUUUGUUUACGCCUUCACCUUCCAGCUCAUCAUGAUUAGCUUCCUGUUGGAUGCUGUCGGUGCUCUGCCUUUCGGUUAUGACAUAGGAGUAACCAUCAUAUUUGGCCUCGUUGGUUUUUACUGCUUCCUGGCACACCUUUUCAACAGCACCUUCCAGAGCCCACAGAUGCCCUUAGGAAAGCCUUUGGUCAGGUUGAGCGGGGCUGCCGGGGGAGCAGAAAUCUGUCCACAUGUACCAGCCCGUAAGGCCUCGUCUGUCAACCAGAUUGCAGAAAUCAUGAAAAAUGGCGGCAUAUGUGGAAUGCCGACUGACACCGUCUACGUGCUUGUGGCAGCUUGUAAUAGACCCGAUGCAGUAGUCAAAGCUUACAAUGUGAAAAAGCAGGCGCAGGACCGACCCAUGUCCAUGUGGAUCUCCUCCAUCAAGCAGCUGGAGCCAGUCCGGCACCUGCUGAGCCCUCUGCUGCUGGACUUCAUGGAGGCUGCAUGGCCUUCUUCCAUCAGCAUGGUCAUACCCAGAGGUCCAUGGAUGGACAUUUUUGGUUUAGGAGAUGCUGCUAAACAUAUUGGAACUCCACAAAGCAUUGCUAUCAGGAACCCAGACUGUUCUGUGGCAACACACCUCAUAAAUCUGGUGGGGCCGAUUGCUGUGACCUCAGCCAACCCUACAGGUGAAGCAGACACAACUCACCACAACCAAGUUUACGCCAAGCUCGGGGACAAGGUGGAAGGAGUGCUGUGUGACGGACCGUCACCAGAGAACAUUGCCUCUACUGUUGUAGACUGCACAAAGAUUGAAACGGGGCACAUUGGUUUCUUCAGAGUGGGUCUCAUUCCUAAGUCAAAGGUUCUUCAAAUCUUCGAGGAGGUCCAGAAGCGGCACAGACAGGGGCAGACAAAUCCAGCUUUUGAAUAUGAUGUACACCUUUCCGACACAGAAAGUGACAGACGGUCAGGAGAGGAUGACACAGCGGUGUCAGGAGAAGAAUGAUGAGCAGAGACACAAAGCCCAGAUCUCCAAAACGAGUCAUAAUGUCCAUACAGGUCUUCACUGCACCACCAAAUAUGAUCAUUAAAUAAUUAGUACUUGUUUACUAGUAUUUUCAAAAUAUUAUUAUAGAAUCAAAUUCAGGACAAACACUGCUCAUAUCGUGAUGUGUAUGAGGGUUUAUUAUUUUGAAGGAGCCAUUGUUGCCUUUUGUAAAAAUGUCAUGCCAAUGCACGCAAUGCACUAAUGAAGGCCAUUUGUAAAAUAAGUGAAAUGUUUAAAUUAUUUUUGUACUGUGCAAUAUUUAAAUAUUAUAAAUUCACAUUGUCUCUGCCUUUGUGUAGAAUGACACUUUUCAGCUCAUGAAUGUACUGUAUAACCUUGCAAAGCAGAUGGAUAUGCCUGUUUCUGUGUUUCCGUGUUUCUCACUGGCAAAUCCAUCUUGCAAAGCCCCCCAUCUUAACUGUUUGGGCCCGAUAGAAAGUGACAGGACCAAUCAGCAACGAGGGGCAAUACUUUCGAGCGCAGCAGAGUCGCGACAUAAGCAAGCAGCAACAAGAGGCUGGUGCAGUUAUGGAGGAAGGCAUUAGAGUGGAGUUUUAUCAAGAACAAAGAACAGCAGCGAGUUGUUUUCCUUUCAAAACAACAAAGUCGUGUACAGACAUGUCUACAGUCACCAUUGUUCGUGUUAUGCAGUUCUCUAUGGAACUUACUCCUUGACAGGGCGCACCUUGCUAGCGGCCACGUCACAUGUUGUGUUGCUCUGAUUGGCCCGUAAAGAUGUGACAGAGAACUUUCAUCCAAUCACCCUCAGAGCUCUUUUUCAAAGGCUCUGCCCUUUCCCAAAUGCUCUGUAUUAAAAGUUUUCCAGGUGGAUAUGUGAAACAAAUCCAUCUCGUGUGUCAGAUUAUGUUCUGUAUAUACUUAAAUGUAAUUGAUUUAAAAUAAACGCUUUG